UCUCGCGAGCGUUGACGUGUGCGGGCCUCUCCGAGAAGGUGUGCUUCAUGGCAGUUACGGACACUGCGGGUGGUGAAGCUCUGACGAUGGAGAAUGGACAGGGCACGGGCUCCAAGCUUGGCCUGCCGCCUCUCACCCCAGAGCAGCAGGAGGCACUUCAGAGGGCUAAGAAGUAUGCCAUGGAGCAAAGUAUUAAGAGUGUGUUGGUGAAGCAGACCAUCGCCCACCAGCAGCAACAGCUCACCAACCUCCAGAUGGCAGCAGUGACAAUGGGCUUUGGAGAUCCUCUCUCACCUUUACAAUCGGUGGCAGCUCAGAGGCAGCGCGCUCUAGCGAUCAUGUGUCGGGUGUAUGUGGGCUCCAUAUACUAUGAGCUUGGUGAGGACACCAUCAGACAGGCUUUUGCCCCGUUUGGUCCAAUCAAGAGCAUUGACAUGUCUUGGGAUUCGGUUACAAUGAAACACAAGGGAUUUGCCUUUGUGGAGUAUGAUGUACCAGAGGCUGCUCAGCUGGCCCUGGAGCAGAUGAACUCAGUCAUGCUGGGAGGACGAAACAUUAAGGUUGGGCGGCCAAGUAACAUCGGUCAGGCGCAACCCAUCAUCGACCAGCUGGCAGAAGAGGCGCGUGCUUAUAACAGGAUCUACGUGGCGUCCGUCCACCCUGAUCUGUCAGAUGACGACAUAAAGAGUGUGUUUGAGGCCUUUGGAAGGAUCAAGUCAUGCACGUUAGCCAGAGACCCCACCACAGGGCGACACAGAGGCUUUGGCUUCAUUGAGUAUGAAAAGCCUCAGUCAGCCCUGGACGCCGUGUCUUCUAUGAACCUGUUUGACCUGGGUGGUCAGUACCUGCGGGUGGGCAAAGCAGUAACGCCUCCCAUGCCCUUACUGACCCCCACGACCCCAGGUGGUUUGCCACCUGCUGCAGCUGUGGCUGCAGCGGCAGCCACUGCUAAAAUAACAGCCCAGGCAAGUAUGAAUCCCUUCCAAAGGGAUUUAAUGGCCUUCCAGGAGGCUGUAGCUGGCGCGUCAGUCUUAGGAGCGUUAACUGCACCUCAACUUCUCAGUCAGCAAAUGGGAAUACCUCAGGCUGUUAUGGCUGCCCAGGCACCAGGGGUCAUCACAGGUGUGACUCCAGUGCGUCCUACCAUACCAAUGGUUCCCCAGGUCGGUCUUGUGAACCCUGUGCUCGCGUCACCGCCAGUGCUGUCUAAUCAGGCUGGUGGCUCCAACCAACAAGAGAAGAAAGAGGAGAAAGAAGAGACGCUUCAGGAUGGUACAGGGCAGGAGAUGCUGAGUGAUCAGGAGCACAUGAGCAUCUCGGGCAGCAGUGCGAGACACAUGGUGAUGCAGAAACUGCUUCGAAAAUCAGAGUCCACAGUGAUGGUGCUUCGAAAUAUGUGGGCUGAACUGAACUUUGGCAGGCUGGUUGUGGCCCCUGGUGGCAUCGUGGGCCUACAGUAG